GCAGGGCAGGUCACGCCCCUCCCUCAGGUCUCUGCCGGGCGCUCAGCGGCCGUCACCCCGCGCAACGGCGGCGACAUGGCGGAAAGCGGAGGCCGCCGUGCGGCAGAGCGGGACGGCUUGGCGCUGGAGCUGGGCCGAGAGAGGCGGAAGAAGCAAAUGCUUGAAAUCUCAAUAUCUGAACUGAGAAACACUGUCACAGAAUUGGAAAAAAGACUUAGCAGUGUUGAAGAUGAAGGUAAUGAAUGGAAAACCAGAUGCGAGACACAAGUAGAAUGGAACAAACAUCUGGAAAGGCAAAUUAAUAUUCUUCAAGACGCGAUGGAGCUUAUUUGUAGAAAUCCAGCAGAUAAAUUGUCCACUGUUCACACCUUUGAUCAAAUGUCUGUGCGUUCCUUAAAGGAGGUUCUCAAACAACUAGUAGAAGAGAAGAAAAGUCUCCAGAAUCAGCUAAAAGACAAUGAAGUUAGACUGGAACAAGAAGCAAAGGCUUACCGCAAAGCUAACAGUGAGCGGCGCAUGUACCUCUCAGAGAUCUUACAGACCUCAGCUACACUUAAAAUUGUUAAAAGGCAAAAAGCAGAUGCUCUGACUGGUGAGGGAGACAACCAGAUACUGAGAGGGAGAUACAGUGUUCCAGGAAACCCGAAGAUGGUUAAUUCUCAAAAGGGAUCGAUUAAAAAGACUGUAGGAGUGAAGCAGAUUCCAAAACUAAAGCACUGAUUUAAUGUUAAUGCCAAAAACUUCCAAUCACAUGUUUAAAAAUUUAAUUUUACUGAAAGUAUCUAAAUUGAAAAUGAAUGUAUUUAUGCCUUUUUAUAAUACCAAACCCAGAUUGGCAUGUCUUCUUGGCAGCCUUAAUGUGUUUCUUCUGCUUGCCAUCUUGGUUCUGAUGAUCUCUUUCCAUUAUGGUAAUUCUGUGUGUCAAGAAGUUAGGAACCUUGGAGAACAUUUAUUUUCUUUGUACACUAGGUAGGUCCUUAAACUCUUUGACUGCACAGCAACCAUUGAAAACAAACAAGCCUGUAACAUUUCUGACCUCUCAACAAAGAAGAAGAAAAAGGCAGACUGAUGUAACCUGAAAUAUUGUCUCACCACCCAAAAGAGUAAUUUCAUAUAAAAUUGCAUCCAAGAUCAUAACCAUUCAGUAUAGGCAGCACAGAGAGCCUCUCAAGUAGUCUCAUGAUGGUAGAGCUGAACAUGCCUUUCAUUUGGAUUUUAAGAAGACUGACAGCAUAGUUUACUAUUCAGCUUGAUUUUUUUACAUGAUACCACACAGUAGAGUUCCUUUAUAAUACAAAGUUGGUUUAUAUUCCAUGAGCUUUCUUCUGUAGCAGAGGAAACAAAACACUUCCAAAUGUAACUUUUUAAAAGCUGGCUUGCCACAGACCCUGUGUUGACCACCUCUUUCUGUCUGCACAGUAUAAAAGCACAGCACCAUUUCCAGCUACUUCAGGCACUAGUAAUGAGUAUAUAUGGAAGGAAAAUUGAGCACUUUUUAUUAAGGAUUCUUCCACAAGAGCCUAUCAUCUUGUGGAGGGGUUGUUUCUUUUAAACACUAUAUAUACAUUAUAUUUCCUGAUUCUCGUAUGUUGUUAUUUGAAAUUUGAACUCUCCUAUGAAACUUUGUGUCCACAGUCUGGGUUCCAUAAAAACCUCUAUGUAUUCUUCAGUGCCACUGAUACAUGUAUUUUUAUGGUCCAAAAUAGUGACAGUCCUUAAAGUCAUCCCUUGAAUGAAGGUAGAAUUGUAUUUUCAUUCUUAAGUGUGCAUUUAUUAUAUUCAUUACCUACAUUUUAGUCAUUAAACUUCAGUAGAAUUUUUUUUAAGUGGUAACAGGAAAAAUGUUUUGGUAAUGAAGCUUUGAGCCUCUGGGUUACAUCUUAAAAGCUCUUGGCAGAGCAAAUGGUUUAGAAGUGCUUGACUGCCUUUUAUUAUUUUUAAGAGCAUGCCUAGCAUUUUGCAGUACCUAAUAAAGCUUUUUGAUUCUUCAAGAGCAGUACUAAUAGUUUCUUAUUACUGGCAGCAUUACAGUGGGGCUGUAAUUAAACACAUACAAAAAGAUCACUGAUGUCAUUCUGAAAUGAAGAGAGAAAAGACUGGUGGUAUUGUACAGCAUGUUCUGUAUGGAAACCCCAUUAUUUUUUUCUCUUCCAUAGUAUGAGAUUUAUUACAGAUAUUUGUUAUGUUGCCAUGAUGCACCUGGUACCAUUCUUUCAUAAGCAGGGUGGUCUGCCCAGCCAGUUUUUUCCUCCCGGUCACAGUUAAAAGCAUAGCACAGCUGAUGAGGCUAGCACUGCUCUGCUCCUGCUUUUCACAUGGAAAAAUUCCAAAUUUUGAUUGUGCUGGCAUUUGUCAUUGUGGAGGAGGAGAGGGGAAAAAAAUCACCAUAAUGGUCCCACUGGCGUAGAAGACAAAGGACAUCUGCAGUAGUGAAGAUUAUCCAGUUCCUGGAUUCAUGCAGCAGACAUUUACUGCUACUGUCUCUGAAUUGAAUGUUAGUCAAUGCACUCAAGCCUGGCCCCAGAGCACCUCAAACUAACUGGGAACAUUGCACAAAUAUGGCAGAAUGCAUUUUUUCACAGCGAGAGGCUUGGAUGCUUCCCUCAUGGGUAGUCCUCACUGGGGACUUAAAAAGAGACUUUUUUGGGAAUUCUAAAAGAGACAUCUAUUGAUACAAUUUGGUACAGUAAUGACCUGAGGAGGGGAGCAGACCAUGUCCUACUUAGUCUCUGAUUCAGCUUGUCAGGAGCAAUUGCAGGAUUUGAAACUCAGUCAUAUGAUAAUUGAGCCCUCAAGCAUGUGUUUGACCAUUUUAAUUGUGUAUCCAGUUGUAAUAUUUGCUGUACAAGAUGGUUAUAGCUCUGCACUUGUACACUUUGAAUUAAUAGUUUCAUUUUCCUUCUGCCUUUCUGAAAAUAAAGGCACCCUGAUAACUUCGAUGUUAUAAGUUUGAUUACUCAAGUUUCUUUGAAACAGCAAAAAGAUAGUUUUUGAUUUCAAAACUGUUGUGUUAUUUCUUUGGACCUGAAUAAAACUUUUACACUGCUAGCUUUCCCAAA